AUGUAUAAAAUCUUCUCAAAUGCAAUUGUAGUCAGCUACUCUCAUCAGCUGCCAGUAGUGCCAUAUAAUGCGUUCAAUCCGCCUCCGCAGGAAUAUGCACUGAUGAAGUCAGAUCCACCAGUCACUCAGCGCCGGUCUCCUCGCCAACACACUGCUCAGGGAGGUAGAGGGCCAACGAUCAGACCAGAUCCGCAACCUCAGACCUCCAAAUCAACUGGUCAGACGGGUCCUCGCAAGAGGAAACUGGUGCUUGAUGACGAUGAAGGCGACGAUGAUAAAUCUGGGGAUAAGGGCUCGCCUAAUAAACCCCCAAAGCGCACCAUGCCCAGGAAGAAACUGGCCGGCCGCGCAAUGCUAAAAAUUAGAACAUCUUCCAGGAAACCAUCUGAUAUAGAUCCAUCUGGAAAAGACCCCGAUCCAGCCAUGGCAGAGCAAAAUAUAUCCAAAGACCCCGAGCCAACUGCCGAAAGCCAGCCGACUGCCAAAAGCCAGCCGACCGGCGCCCAUGCUUCGGGUGACCAGGCCAAUCCGAGUGACCAGCCGCCGACUGGAAACCAGUCGGCAACAACUGAAGCAGCAACAACUCAAGAGCCCCCGACUGGAAACCAGUCGGACGCAGGCCCUGAUCAAGAAAUCCCUGAAGUAGAAGCGCAGACGACAGCUUCCCAAGGGCCAGAAGCUGGUAAUGACUCGAUAGCUGGAUCUCCAGGCAAAGAACAAAGAUCACCUCACGCUCAGCUAGGUACAUCUUCAGGUUAG